ACCAACGCUAGGUGGCAGUCACAUAUUCUCUGAUACAUUGUAAUGUCACUGAUCACCGCAGUGCAACGUGCGACCACUAUGUAAACACUGACUAUUCAUCCAUGAGCUGAGGAUUUGGUAGCUAACAGCUCAGACCUGCUGAGGAAGUUUGAUGUUGCUGCCGUCAGCAUGGCUUCAACCUCCAGCUUUGCUCCACCAAAACUGUCUGACUUCAUCCUCACAGAGCGACUGGGAAGUGGUACCUAUGCUACAGUUUACAAAGCCUACAGAAAGGGGGACAGUCGAGAGGUGGUGGCAGUGAAGGUGGUUGGAAAGAAGACUCUAAACAGGGCAUCUACAGAAAACCUGCUCACAGAGAUUGAAAUCCUCAAGACUAUGCGUCACCCUCAUAUAGUCCAGCUAAAAGACUUUCAGUGGGAUGCUGAGAAUAUUUAUUUGAUCAUGGAGUGGUGUUCUGGUGGAGAUCUCUCCCGCUUCAUUCGCAGCCGCAGGAUUUUACCUGAGAGGGUGGCCCGGCGCUUCCUGCAGCAGAUGGCCUGUGCCCUCCAGUUUCUUCAUGAGCGAAACAUCUCACACCUGGACUUGAAACCUCAGAAUAUUCUGCUCAGCGGCUCUGUCCUCAAACUAGCAGAUUUUGGCUUUGCCCAGUACAUGUCACCAUGGGAUGAGCAGAGUGCCCUGCGAGGUUCUCCUCUUUACAUGGCUCCUGAGAUGGUGUGCCGCCGCCAGUAUGACUCCAGAGUAGAUCUCUGGUCAGUAGGAGUCAUUCUUUAUGAGGCACUAUUUGGGAGAGCACCAUUUGCAUCAAGGUCAUACACUGAAUUGGAGGAGAAGAUCCGGAGUAACCAACCUAUUGAGCUCCCUCCUGGGGCCAGGGUAUCCAAGGACUGCAGAGACCUUCUGUUGCGGCUGCUAGAGAGAAAUCCAGAUGCCCGGAUCACCUUUGCAGAGUUCUUCACCCACCCUUUUGUGGAUUUGGAGCACAUGCCGAGUGUAGAGAGCCUAGUGAAAGCGAAAGAGCUGGUCGUGCAGGCCGUUCAGAAGGACCAGGAAGGGGAAAGGUCCGCUGCUCUCUCUCUGUACUGCGGUGCCCUUGAGCACUUUGUCCCUGCUAUUCACUAUGAGACAGACCGUCAACGUAAAGACGCCCUCAGGCAGAAGGUCAGCCAGUAUGUGUCCAGAGCCGAGGAACUGAAAGCCCUGGUGGCCUCAGACAACAGACUGAGCUUUGAGGAGGCCCGGACCUCCAGGGAUAUCCUCCGAGAAAUGUCUCGAGACCAACCACGACUGCUGGCUGCUCUGCAGAUGGCCUCUACUGCCAUUGCUAAGGAGGAGAGUGGAUUGGAUGAUCAUGAGGUUCUGGAUGUGUACCAACAGUGCCUGGGAGAACUUCUGUUGGCGCUGGCAGCCGAGCCCCAGGGCCGCAGGAGAGAGCUGCUGCACAGCGAGAUUAAAAGCCUCAUGAGCAGAGCUGAAUACAUCAAAAAGAAUAUCAAGAUGCAGGAGACUCAGAGGGACGUGUCUCUGGAUCGAGAACCUCUUGCAGACUCUGUCAGAAGCUCUUGCUGUCUGCAGUAAGCUUGACGGCCACCGUGAGAACUGGCUGGGACGCCCCACAGAGCAUCAGACUGCCUGUCAGUGUUCAGGUUGGACGCGAAUGCCUUCACCUGACCAGGUUUCUGUCGCGGCCAAAUCAAACCUGCAUCACACCUCACUCUAACCAACUCAGAACGCUGUCCGGGUGGGAUAUUACAGUUGCCAGCCAAAUGUGGCCAAUGUUUGGGUUGUUGUUGGAAAGUUGAUGAAUUUGCAGGCUGAGGACUUGUGUUUAAUAUUUUUGAGGAAAAAAAAACUUUGGCUGGUAAAAGACUGAAAAUAGUUGUUGAAUUUUGGAUUUGCACACUAGUGAAUGUGAAAGUUAGUUCCCUGCUCCUUACACUGUGUUUUUGCACUGCUUAGACUGAAAUCCCUCCUCCUGACACACCAUUGAUAUGUAAAUGCCGGACAGCUUGUAUGACAAUGCCACACUGUCAUGGUAAACGAGUUAAACCGAGACUGUUGCAUGUAUUGUGCUGCCAAACAUUCAACAGUAUUUGCAACACACCAAAAAACUGGGAAACCUGAAAAUACAAUCAGAUGGGAGCUGUGAUGUUAAGAAGCAUCACAUCAGUUUGGAACUGUAGUAUUAAGCAUAUUAUAUCGAGGACUGUGCAAACAUGCACAUACUCCCCCCCCCUCCUCUCCACUGCCUUUACUGUGGGUCAACCACAGGCUCACCAUGCUCUCUCCGCUGAUGGAGCCCUCUCCACCACUAUGAGGGGAAAACUGGAGAGGUGCGGCCUCUGCCUUAUUUACACUAGACUUGCAUUUUCUUAGGUUUGGCACUGGCUGAGUAUUUGUGGGAUACAGUGAGUUGUGGCGCUGAAGCAAAGCCUUUAUAACUAGGCCUCUGUGAAACGGUAAAAAGCUUAAGAGUCGGUGGCAGGCCGAUAAUCCUCGCUGUUGUAGGUCUACACGGACUGUUUUGAUUCCAGACAGGUAAAGCACUUGAAUAUUCCAAAAGGGAGCUUUACUUUGUGAAUAUAAUUUCUGAAAAGACCUGAAGCAGGAAUCAAAGGAGAAAAAUAUAAAUAUGUCGGCUGGCAAGAUUUCCCCACUUCUGUGUUGUUUUAUCUUUUAUUUCAAUGUUUAUACAGCUGUGAUUUUAUAUAUUGUAUAUUUAUUAAAUGAAUUCAAUGGAAAAUAAAAUGGUAAUCACUGAAA